AUGAAAUCUGGAUUGCUUCAGAGACUUCCCAUUUUCCAUGGUUUCAACGUUGAAGACCCUAAUAAGCACUUGAAGGAGUUUCUAUUUGUUUGUUCAAGUAUGACGCCUCAAGAGGUUGAUGAAGACAUCUUCAAGUUAAAGGCAUUUCCAUUUUCUCCGGAAGAUCGUGCUAAGGAUUGGUUAUAUGAGCUGCCUAAAGGACAUAUUACAUCUUGGAAUGGAUUAAUGAAAGCAUUUUUGGAAAAGUAUUUUCCCACUUCACGUGUGCUCAUGCUUAGGAAGAAAAUCACAGGAAUUACUCAAGAUGUGCAUGAGACUUAUCAAGCUUAUUAUGAGAGGUUCAAGGCCUUGUUAUCACAAUGUCCACAACAUAACUUCAAGGACGAGAAUCUCCUCCAAUUCUUCUAUGAAGGACUCACCCAUUUAGAUAGACAAAUGUUGGAUGCUGCAAGUGGUGGGGCCUUUGUAGACAAAACACCAUCAGAGGAGACACAACAAGGUCAUAGUAAGGACAUCUUGGAAUUGAAGGAACAAAUGGGUCAAGUUUUGAGCUGCAUUGGUAUGAUUUCGAACCCAAAGCGCCAAUUUGUUGAGGCUGUCACAACAAGAAGUGGACGUACACUUGUGGAUCCACGAAAGAAAGGUAAGAAGGCCCAAGCUAUGAUUGAGGAAGAAGAGGAGGACGUUGAGUCUUCUAACAGGGCACACGAGAAGGACCCUGCUACAUCUAAGGUUGAGAUACAAGCAUCUCCAACAUUUGCAAAAUCAAAGAAGGAGGAGGAGGAAAAAGCAAUCUUGGAGAUUUUCAAAAAGGUACAAGUCAACAUACCUUUGAUUGAGUGCCUUACUCAAAUCCCUAAGUACACUAAGUACUUGAAGGAGCUCUGUACCACUAGGAGACGUACACGUGAGAAAAAGGUAGUAAAAAUGUCUGAAAACGUCUCAGCUGUGAUUCAAAGAAAGCUUCCACCUAAGCUUAAAGAUCCAGGAAGUUUUUCUAUCCCUUGCACUAUUGACCUAGGUGAGCUUAAAUAUGAUAAUGUGAUUAUCCAAUUAGCUGACAGAUCUAAUGCUUAUCCAAAAGGGUAUGUUGAGGAUGUCCUUGUGCAGGUAAAUAGCUUGAUCUUUCUUACAGACUUUUAUGUCUUGGAAAUGGGGGAGUCUCCUCAGAACUCAACGCCAUUUUUGCUUGGAAGGCCCUUCAUGAGGACGGCUAGGACCAAGAUUGAUGUGUUCAAUGGCUCCUUAACUAUGGAGUUUGAUGGUGAAGUUAUUAGCUUCAACGUUUUUGAAGUUAUGAGGUACCCUCUUUCUAAUGAUUACUCUGUUAGUACUACUGAUCUUCUGGACUCUCUUGCUCAGAAAAUUUUUGAAGUAAUAAAUGAGGAUACUUUGAUCACCACCAUGGAGAAAGGACUUGGUUACUCUAGCACUGGUAAGGAAAUUCCACUAAGGGAAUUCAAAGAUGACGUUUUGAAUGACAAAGUCUUUGAGAGUGUGGCCUAUCUUGAGUCAACGCCACCUAUUGUAGGUAAAGUUCCUAAACCUUUGUCAAUUCAGUUAUCUACUAAUAAACAUGUCCCUUCAGUGAUUCAGGCACCUACACUUGAACUUAAACCGCUUCCAAAUCACUUGAAGUAUGCCUUUUUAGGAGAUAACGACACCUUGCCAGUAAUUGUGUCUUCAAAGCUCACGGUUGAGCAAGAAGGUAAGUUGGUGGAUGUAUUGAGGAAACACAAGACUGCGAUUGGAUGGACUUUGGCAGACAUCAAGGGAAUUAGCCUACACGUUGUGUCCACAGAAUACUUCUUAAGGAGGGGGCGAAACCCACAGUAG